AUGGUGGGAGUUUGGAUUGCAGAGAGAAUAGAGUUUGCUGAAGAGAUGCCAUUGCAGAGAGUGAAGAGAGAUAGAGAAAGAGAGGAGAGAGAGAGAACGAUUUGUGGUUUCUCGAAGACGAGAGGAGAAGAAGAAGGUAAGGUUUUGGUGAAUAAAAUCAUGGACGGUGUAGAUUUCACGAUGAGGAAAGAUCGACGGUGGAGAAUAGAAGGUUUAUCUUGUGUUGAAGUUUCAGAAGGAUUACGGGAAGAAGGAGGAGUCGCCACGUGGGGUUAUGUGAUAGGUAAGAUAUCUGCGUUUCAUCGAUACCCAAACAUUUUUAUGCCACAAAUCAUAUCAGGGGAGAGGCUCUGA